CCCGCUGCCCACGCCAUGGGCCUCGACUACGACUCCUCAGUUCGAGUUGAGUGGAUUGCAGCCGUGACAUUUGCUGCUGGGACAGAUGCUCUCGGUUACCUGGCUUACAAAAAGUUCUAUGGUAAAGAUAAUCGUACCAAAGCUAUGGUGAACCUCCGUCUCCAGAAAGACAACCCCAAGGUCGUGCACGCCUUCGCCAUGGAGGACCUGGGAGAUAAGGCUGUGUACUGCCGCUGCUGGAGGUCCAAAAAGUUUCCAUUCUGUGAUGGGGCUCACAUAAAACAUAACGAAGAGACUGGCGACAACGUGGGACCUCUGAUCAUCAAGAAAAAAUAAACUUAAUGGACAUUUUCAGUGCUGCACCCCAGAGUGUUGUGAUGUCACCUGAUCGUUUAAUUAGAAUUAAUUAAUUAACGAGACACUCACUCUGUCUGAUUGGCCUCCCUGGUUCUAGAUGUGGUUGGUACCUCACAAAUCGCAGCUUUUGUAUUCAUGGCUUUAGCCUUGCUGUUGGAGCAUCGUGGUGCACAUUUGUUGAAAGAGCAUAAAAAAGAAAGGCUAAACCAA